AUGUUUUUAAUUAAAUACACUGAAACUUUAGAUCAUGAUAUUGAUGAUAUUGAUACAAUUAUCAGUUUAUAUUAGACUCAUGAAAGAUUGAUUACAGAAAAUCUAAUUAAAAUAGUACUUCCUUCUCUUAAAAAAAUUGAAUUUUUUGAGAAACAUAGACCUUAAGAAAUUUCUUUGGAAGAUUUCAUUCGAAAAGCUAUUCCAUACUUUAGAUAUGAAGAAUAUUCUUUUGGAGAAAUUCUAUACAAUAUUGGAGAUGAAAAAUAAAAAUUAUAUAUUGUUUUGGAAGGAUCUGCAAUGGAGUUUAUUCCUAUUAAAAAAUAGAAUCUAAUUGUUUCAUUAUGCAACACACCAACAAACUAAAAAAGUAAAAGAGCUGCCCGUUAAAUUGAAAUUUGGGAACUUGUUAUGAGAAUCUAAUAUCAUAAUCCUCUAUAUUGGAAAGGCGGUUAAGUAUAAUUUCAAUAGGUAAAUCUAUGAAUCUUUAAUCUUAGAAUGAAACUUAUAAAGUAGGAUAAUAUUUUGGAGACUUAUCUAAUGAAGAAAAUGCAAAGGAAUCUGUUAUUGCCAGUAGUUAAUUAUUAUGUAUUUCAAUUAAAAAGGCCGACUAUAAAUUAUUAUUUGGAAGGGAAUUAGCAUAAACUAGAAAAAAUUUAGAUUUCUUUAAAAAUUUAUUUCACAAUAUUAGUGAAAACAAAUUGCUGUAAUUUAUUAAUUUUACAAAACUAAUAACCUUUGAACCUAAAUAACAAUUAUGGUAAAAAGGAGAUGAACCAAAAUUUAUGAUUUUUGUUAUUGAAGGUGUUAUUGAAACUUAUCAUUAUGAAAAUAUCAAUAUUGGUAAAUCAUUAUUAAGAAGAUCCAAAAUAUCAAUAAGAUCAUAAUCAACUGGAUGUUUAGUUGGAGCUGAAGAAAUAAUUUCAAAAUCUUAAACUCGUGAAUAUUAUUGUUAAUGUAUAAGUAAAACAGAAGCAUUUCUUAUCAAACAAGAAUAAAUUGCUGUUCUUAUGUAAAAAUUUUCUGAAAUUUUUCGAUAAAUGAAUUUGAUAUUAUCUAAAAACAUUUAAUUAACAACUGAAAGAUAGAAAGAGAUUUUAAAAAAUAAUAACUCUAAAACUAUUAGAGGAUCCUCAUUGUAAAACACUUAAACCGAUCUCUAAACAACUGAUAAUUAUUAGACAGAUAAUUAUUAUUGUCCAAAAAAAAAAUUAAGAUAAGAUUAAGUAAGAUCUUCUCUUAAAACAGCUUUAAAUCUAAAGGAUAUUGUUAAAGAAAAUUAAUCGAAAUCUCAAACUAAUUUAAAUAUCAUAAAUACUAUUUAUCCCAUAGAAAAUUAAGAUCAUUAUGAAAUUAUGUUAAGGUUCUAAUCCAAUAAUACAACUUAGAAUCAAAAUAUUCAAACUUAAAGAUCCGGAUAAUUUUCUAAUUAUUUAGAAAAAAUUAAAAAAAAAAUUUAUACUAAAAAGUUCAAUAUUCAUAAAAAGUUUAUUUUUUCUCCAUAAAUUUAAGUUUCUAAAAUUACUUGUCCUGAUUAGAAUUUAUAACCCAUAACUCCAUUGCCAUUAGACAAUGCAAUUUUAAGAAAAAAACUUCAAUCAAGAGGAUUUGAAAGUGGCUCCAACAAUAAAUCAACAACGACAUAAAUCUUUAGUGCACGAUAAUCUUAAAUAGAUUUUGAACCUCACCAAAUUGAUGACACCAAAAGUUGUGCUUAAUUCUAAAAUUUUUUUUAAAUCACUAAACCUUUGUUUUUUAUAAAAUAAAGGGAGAAUCGAUUGUUAUCCUAAUAAACAGAUAGAAAGUGA